AUGCUUCAGAGCCGUGACUAUAACGGGAGAGGAGGGGCGUACGGUGGUAGAGGUGGCUACUAUGAAGGAUCAACAGUGGGGAAUUCGGUAGAUCAACGAUCAGGAGGUGCUGUAGCUGGGGGGUUUGGGGCAGCCGGAAUGGGAGCGGCUGGGGAGAUUGGGGGAGGGGAAAUGGGGGCAGGUGGCAAUCCCAGGUUACACCACGUGGACUCGCCAGGAGCGACAGCUGGCACGUUGGCACGGGGAGGAGAGGAUCGCUCGGAUGGAGAGCGGUUGGGGUUGGGCGGAAGGGGGGAAGGGGGCGGAAGGGGGGAAGGGGGUCCGGCAGCCCGGUGGGCACCAAUCAACGGCAGCUUCGUCCUCUCCUGGAUCCCUCCUUCCAAGUCUCGGCUCCAGACCAACAUCUCCCAACCGGAGCUCUACCCGGUCCUCUUAGACGUGAUUCGUUACAACGAAGAGGCGCAACUCACCGCCGCUAAAGCGGGUCUGGAGCCUCCCAAGGCGUCCAGAGGGCCGGCUUGCCCGGUGUUUGAGUUUGGGUUCGAGCGGUUCCCUGGGAUUGGGUCGUGCUGGGAGGCAGGGAUCGCGGAUGAGAAGCGGGCGGCCACGCGGCCUCCUGUGAACUGCAAGGGCGUGGACCCGACGUGUAUCCAGAAGAAUGAUUUGCUGCCGCAUAACAAGUGGUCCGCUCAGGUCCUAGUUCUGCGCAACGUGUACAUAAACGUGGUGGGCCAGGUGUUCAACUCCACCCAUCUCUUUGACCACAACGCGUGUGCGGGCAGUCCCAACAUCACCGUGACGCUGCCCUUCCGCUACACCGCCAACCGCACACGCGUCACCCACUUCAAAGAGCUUGUCUCCCUCGUCGACUGGUUCGCCUGGUCCACGCGCGCCAUGCUGCUCGACCUCAUACCGCUCUUCAUCUCUCUGCACCGCAUUCUGCCGGCUAUGAGGGGCGUACCAGUGGCGGUGGGGCACAGGCGGCCGCAUGUGAGGAACGGAUUGGAGCAGCUGUGCUCGCUGGGGGCGGUGGACGUGCUGGGCGUGCAGGUGGACAAAAUGAACGUGCACGUGGUGAAGUCGAAAGACCUGUUCUUUGCAGAGAAACUUGUCAUUCCACUGCACCAGCGGUGUGGGGAGCCCAGCCGCUCGCUUUGGCACUAUCUGCGAAUGAGACACUUGCUGCCGCCCGGGGGGCUGCCCAUCUUUAAUGCUGGUGUGGUUUUUGGGGUGACCAUGGUGGUGGAGUUGGGUGGGGUGAAGGUGUCAGACGCAGGAUCUGAGGAUGAGGUGUGUUUUGAGUCGACUCAAAACAGGUGUGGUUUUGGGGUGACCAUGGUGGUGGAGUUGGGCGGGGUGAAGGUUUCAGAUUCAGGAUAUGAGGAUGAGGGGUGUUUGGCCUGUAAGGUUCAAGGGACCUGCCACCCCAGCCAACACACCAUGCGCCUAUGCUACCGAGAAGGCUCCAUCUCCCCCCCCCUCAACCACGUGCUCUUCCCCGCCCCUCUCCUCUCCCCACCAGACUGGACGUCCAGGUUCAAGGGACCUGCCAGUGCCACCCCGGCCUACACACCACGCGCAUACGCGCCCGGCAGCAACUGGGUGGUGCUGCUGGGGUGGAAGGAGCAGCGCGCAUCCCUCCUGCAGAGCCUCAAGCUACACGAGCACCUCACCCGCCUCUUCCCCCCCGAGCGAGUCGUCAUCUACCGGGAAGGCUCCAUCUCCCUCCCCCGCCGAAAAGACCUGCUCAACCGCGCGCUCCUCAUGGUAUCAGUGCACGAUAAUAUCCUCGCCGAUAUUGUCUUCAUGCCGCCCGGAUCCGCCGUGCUGGAGAUUCGCCCCGUGGAGAAUCCGGAUGUGAUUUUCCACCAGCUGGCGGAUAUCUGCGAGAUUGAGUAUUAUUUGGCGUUUUGUGAGGGGGGGAAGGCGGUGGGGAGUGCGGCGGGCGGGUGGGCAGGGAAGCCCGUGGAAGGGAAUUUGGGCGCCAAGGACCCCAAGGGGGUGCAGAAAAUGUUGACGGAUAUUUCCAGGAAAGUGUUUGCUCGAGCAAAUGCAAUGAGACGGAAAGGAGGGUAG